CCCUUUUUGUUGUGAAACAUUUAUCCUGAAAAUAUAUUAUAAAAAAAUUAGUCGCAGAAUGCAUUUAUGGUAAAUUCUUAUAGGAAAAGUUUUUGGUGGGUGCUUGAAUUUACCUUGUUUGUCUCUGCACUCUGCAAUCAAAUUCAUAAGCUUGAUGCCAAAUGUUACUCUGUCACUCACUCCUCUUCACAAAUGGAUGCUCAUGAAGCCAAACUCUUGUUGGGUUUCCCUCCCAAUUCACGUCCAACUCCUUCCCAGGUAAAAUCAGCUUACAGAAAGAAGGUGUGGGAAUCUCACCCCGAUCGAUUUCCAUCUCAUGAAAAGCCUCUUGCUGAGUCUAAGUUUAAGCUGAUUUCAGAGGCUUACACAUGCCUGCAAUCUGGUAGGAGAAAUGUUUCAGGUUCAGUUGAAUAUUCACAUGUUGUGCGAACUGGAUUUUCGAGGGCUCAUGGAGGAAGAAAAAAUCAUGCAAUGAUUAAAGUUCCAUUCGUUUUAAUCAUUCUGGGAACUGUCGCGCUUGGAGGUUUCAAUGCUUGGAGGUGGCCAACACCCAAUCUCGUGGCUGAUUCUUCAUUCUUCGUAUGUUUAACAAUGAAAAAUCAAUGGGUGUUUAUUCACAUAAUUACAUAUUUUCUGCUACUGUGUUGCAGGGCUUACAAAAAGCAAAAGGAGGAAUACCCUUCUCAUAAUCCAUUUCUACCUUGAUUUAUCCUCGGGUUCAAUUCAGUAAUCAUCUAUUUGUUGUAAUUUGUGAAGAAUAUAUAGUAUACUAUAUGUAAUGGUAAAUGAAGUGGAACCAAUAGAAAUUAUGUGAUUUUAUCAUAUAGAUUGUAAACUGAAUUCCAUCUUGAUUAAUACAAUCUGAUUCUUUGAAAGGAUGUAU